CAUCGAAGAAAGCAAGCGAACUAGCUUAGUGAGCUAAAUACAACUAUCGAAAGUUUAUCUAUAUAACAUUUCUUUCUAAAACAUUAUAUUCAAAAACUUCUCAUGUAAAAUGAGUCGUAAGCAAACGCCGAGUGAUUUCCUUAAGCAGAUCAUCGGUCGCCCUGUUGUGGUGAAAUUGAACAGUGGUGCAGACUACCGAGGUGUAUUGGCCUGUUUGGAUAGUUAUAUGAACAUUGCUUUAGAGCAAACUGAGGAAUACGUGAAUGGACAGUUGAAAAACAAGUAUGGUGACGCCUUUAUUCGGGGAAAUAAUGUAUUGUACAUCAGCACACAGAAGUCAAGGAGAUAAGAUGUAAUUUGUAAGGAAAGUCAAGUUGAGUGCUGUGAAAAAUAUAUCUUAUAGAUUUAAAACCAUAAAGUCAUGGGUUCCUGUAAAUAUCAUUAAACUUUUCUUAACAGACACAUGUUUGAUAAAACAUGAGAAAGGUAGUUAUGAGAUACAGGUCAGAAUUACAUACAAAAUUUGCCAA